CCCACACCCGACAACCGACUUCAUUGUGGUUGCUCAACAGCCUCUCACCCUGACAUCGCUCAUCGCUGCAUCUUCUGCACCUCUCAGGAACGGUAUGGCCGACUUUGAAGACAGACGCGACUACCGCGGCGGCGGGAGAGGGGGCCCCUUCAACAAGAGGAAGCGCUAUCGAGAGGACGACGACCGUGAUCAUCCGAGUAGAAACCAACGCCCGCGCUACUCCGCUCCUCCUCCCGGCACUCAGCUCCGCAAAGGCCUGCUGGAAAUUGGCGAGGAUACGCUGCGCAUGCCCCACGAAGUAGCCAUUCAAUUGGCCAGACUGCUCGUGGACAACUACGACGAUGAGUACGUCAAGGAUGUCUUUACCAUCACCACCAUGAAGCUCGUCGUCGAGCAGCCCGUCAAGAUUCCAUUCGUCGCGGCCGUGGUACUCUUUGCGCACAUGGAAAAGAAGGAGGCUGCCCAGGACAUCGUUUCCACUGCGGCCGAAUGGUUUGACGAGUACAUCAACAAGGGACAAUGGCGCUCGGCCAAACUGAUGCUGCGCUUCCUGGCUUGUCUGAGCAGGCUGUUCGAGCAGGAUGGCGUGUUCCCCAUUCUCGACGAGUUGUUCAACCGCGCCGUGGACCUCCAGACAGCCUCUCCCGAAGACGCCGUGGGCUUGGAGCUCGUCAAAAUCAUCCUGCUUACCAUUCCGUACCUCCUGGCAUAUGCUGAAGACACCACUCUUCCAGAGAAAGCCGUUGCUCUUCUGGAGAAGACGGACAUUGUUGCUUCAGCGGCGCAUCCCGUCGAGGCGUUGGUGGACCCAUACCCGGGCACGGCCGAAGGCGCGGAGAGACCAAUGGUGUGCGCAAGCGUCAUUUCCCUUCUCCAGCGCCAACUGCAAGAGGAAGCAGCAACCGGCUGGGCUCUCGCCUUGCUGCCGAGAAUCUUUGAUCCUUCCCUCAAGUCAAAAAUCCCAAAUGGCGACGAGACGAACGGCAAUACCAACGGCGACUCCAACACCAAGCUUACCUUCCCAUCCAUCAUCGUGCCAUCACCCAUCAAUCCGGGAUCGAAAACGCUCUUUCCCGAGCUGUUCUUCUCCCUCUUUGCGGAUCAGGAGAUCGAGUCGGUGCCACCUACCUCCAACAUCGCAUCGACACUCCUGCGUGAUGCCACGGUUGACACAAUCAACCUCCUCGACUUCAACCGCAUCGCCACUGCGAAGGUCCUGAACGAGCUCGACAACUUCUUCGCACCCAACAUCUUCGUCAAACGCAGCACCACUUUCGACAAGCUUCGAGACAUCCCUGCCGGCUCGACGACUUGGAAGCCAGAAGAUGUCACCAUCGAUGCCGUGUUCAGCCAGAUCUUUGCGCUUCCUGCUCCGGAGCAUCGGCUGGUCUACUACCACAGUCUCAUCACCGAGAGCUGCAAGAUCAGUCCGGGCGCUAUCGCGCCCACGCUUGGACGUGCGAUCAGGUUUUUGUUUCGCGGUCUGGAUGCGAUGGAUGCCGAGCUGGGGUAUCGGUACAUGGACUGGUUCGCGCAUCACUUGAGCAAUUUCGAGUUCAGAUGGAAGUGGACGGAAUGGAUUCCCGACUUGGUCUUGCCGGCUCUCGAUCCCAAGAAGUCCUUCAUCGUUGGACUGCUAGACAAAGAGAUCCGUCUGUCCUUCGCCAAGCGUAUCCGUGAGACCCUUCCAGAACCAUACUUCGACCUUAUCCCCGCUUCCAAAGAGAAGGACAUCCCGGACUUCAAAUUCGCCGACGACGCGACGCCUUUUGCCGAAGAAGGCCGCGAGAUCAUCUACCACCUCAAGAAGAAAGCCAGCGAGGAGGAAAUUCAGAAAGUCAUCGACACCGUGCACGAAAAAGCCGCAGCGCAGGGCCUAGACGCAGAGGAAGCGCAGAAGCGCAGCACCGACAUCUACGUCACCUCCAUCCUCUCCAUCGGCAGCAAAUCCCUCUCGCACGUCCUCAGCACCAUCGACCGGUGCAAAGAGCGCCUCCUCGCCCUCGGCCCGCAAAGCGAACCCUCCCGCCGCCAAAUCAUCUCCAGCGUCUUCGACUUCUGGUCCGAACACCCGGGCAUCGCCGUGAACAUCGUCGACAAACUCCUCAACUACACCAUCGUCACGCCCAUGAGCGUCAUCGAGUGGACGCUCAAGGACAACAUCGACCGCGGCCGCGCCCUUGCGUCCCCGCACUAUUUCGAACUCGUCUCCAUCACUAUGUUUAAAGUGACGAACCGCGUGCACCAGCUCCUACAGCAUCGCAACAACACCACCGUUCCCUUUGAGCAGCGUCUGCAGAUCAACGACGCUCUGCCGCGCGAACGCCAAGGUAUGAGGGAUUUGUUCGCCGCGAUUGAAGAUGCCGUUGCGGGCGUUGCGGCUGGUGCGCAGGAUGAGAUGAUUGAGCGGUUUGAUGGCGAGGACGCCGAGUCCGAGUAUAUCAAGGCUUGGGGCGCGCGCUGGGCGAGGGUGUGGAGGCGUAAGGCGGCGGUGGAGGAGCAGAUUGCGAAUGAAGGGUUGGCAAUUGAGAUGGUGGAGCCCGCGGCUGUGCCGUUGCCCAUGGGCGAGGCGGACGAGGGGCUUGGGGAGGAGAUGGAUCAGAUUGAGUAGGGUUCUCUCUGGAGAGUGUUGAGACUAGGAAGCAAGAAGAAAGACAGAUCGAAUUACUUGUACAUUACA